AUGGCGUCGCCUUUUCCUGCGAUUGAGAUACCCAAUGUCGACCUCUGGACUUUGCUGUUCGAGAGGGCCGACCGUCCGUAUGCUUUAGAUAAAACACUCUUUUUGGAUCCCUUGAGCGACCACACCCUCAGUUUCCGCCAACUCCGCCAACGCUCUCUCGCCUUCACAGAGGCGAUCCAGACGCAAUGGAAGUGGCAACCGGGAGAGGUGCUGAUGGUGGUUGCGCCCAACUCGAUUGCUCUCCCUGAAGUCAUCUAUGGCACAUUGGCCGCGGGCGGGGUGGUGUGUCCGGUGAACCCGCACUACCGCGCCGACGAGCUGCGCCAUCCCCUGACAGACGCGCGCGUGAAAGCCGUGGUAACCACCCAGGCACAGGCACCCGUGGUCUUCGAGGCCGCCGACCGCGCGGGGCUGUCGCGCGACCGGGUGUUGGUGCUGGAUGCAUUAUCGCCCACGCUGGUGGUCGACCACCGCGAUUCUCCCGCGCGCGAUCGCCCUCACUACCCCCCGAUCGCAUCCCCCGAAGCCCUCGCGUUCCUGGUGUAUUCCUCCGGGACGACAGGCUUGCCCAAGGGGGUGAUGCUCUCGCACCGCAACCUGGUCGCCAACCUGGCGCAGAACGUGGCCAUCGACGGGGCCAAUCUGACAGCGGCCGACCGCGCGAUUGCCGUACUGCCGUUUUUCCAUAUCUACGGAAUCACCUACCUCCUCAACCUCACCGUCUUCAUCGGCAUGAGCAUCACCGUCCUCCCGCGCUUUCAAUUCGAUCCCUUCUGCACCACCAUCCAGCGGCACCGCAUCACCUACGCCUACGUGGUGCCGCCCGUCGUGCUGGAGCUGGUGACCAACCCGCGCGUGGCGCAGUACGAUCUGAGCUCGCUGCGCAUGACCCUCUCCGCCGCCGCCCCGCUGGCCCUCGAGCUGAUCCACGCCCUGCGCAAGAAGCUCGACAUCCCGGUGCGCCAGGCCUACGGGAUGAGCGAGUGUGCGCCUUGCACGCAUCUACAGACCUUCGAAGAAGCCCUCACCCACCCCGGCUCCGUCGGCCGUCUCAUGCCCAACAUGACCGCCACCUUCGCCGCCGUCCCCGGCGAGGAAUCCCCCACCCACGCACCAGGCACAAAGUCCCUCCCCGGCGAGCUAUGGGUGACGGGCCCCAACGUGUUCAGCGGGUAUCUGAACAACCCCAAAGCGGACGCGGAGUCGUUCGCCGACGACGCCCAACGCUUCUACAAAACGGGCGACGUGGGCUACGUCGACGCAGACGGAAACCUGUUCAUCACCGACCGCGUCAAGGAGCUGAUCAAGUACAACGGGUUCCAGGUGGCGCCCGCGGAGCUGGAGGGGAUCAUCCUGGGGUUCGAGGAGGUGGUGGCGGAUGUGGCGGUGGUGGGGGUGGCUAGCGGGACGGCGGGAACGGAGUUGCCGCGGGCGUAUGUGGUCGUCAAGGAGGGGGUGCUGGGGUCUGCGGAGCUGGGGAGGAGGAUCGAGGCGUAUGUGAAAGAGAGGGUGGUUAGUUAUAAGCAGCUACGGGGUGGGGUCAGGUUUGUGGAUGCCAUCCCUAGGAAUCCGUCGGGGAAGAUCUUGCGGCGCGAGGUGAAGAGGUUGCAGAGGGAGGCGAAGCUGUAA